UGUUUUUCCUUUCCUUUGAGUGCCUCUGCUUCGACCGCCACCCAGGCUGAGCUAAAACGAACUGUUCCGCAUGUGCCUCUCGUUGCUUCUGAAAAACGCUCGCCAUUUCUCCCGUAUAAAGAUGGCGCAGACUUCUUCGCUUCCAGCUGCGCUGUCGGAAAAGGACCUGAAUGCGCCAAUGCGCUUGUCAAAACACGACACCAGCACGUACUGGGGGAGGGUGUUUGAUUUUCAGCAGAGGAUCAACCCGCGCUUUAUGUUUGUGAGCGAAACGGAGGCGCGCACGAGUGCAAAAAUCGUCAGCCUGGCGAGGCAGGGAAAGUGGAGGGAACUGCGACAGCUGGGCAUCGACGAGAAGAAGCUCCAAAAAUUCUGUCUUGUUGCCCAAAGCACCAUCAAUGCAAGCGACAACUCCGUUAUUCAUCCGCUCUUCCGUCUUGCUGCCUUUUGCCCCAUCAAUAUUCCUAUUGGAGGAGGCAUGCUGUUGGCGCGACCUACUUUCGCGAACAGUGUCUUCUGGCAGUGGGUAAACCAGACGUACAACGCUUGUUUUAACUGGGCGAAUGGAAACCGGUGUUCUUCGGCCGAUGCGGCUCAUGACAGAAACGACAUUAUCAAAGGUUACAUAGCUGCCGUUUGCCUCUCAGUCGGUCUCGCCGUUAGCCUGAAUGGAAUGCUGGCGAGGUCGAAAAGCCAAGGAGUCGCGCGCAAGCUGCUGCAGGCAGUCGUGCCAUACACAGCAGUCGCCACAGCGAAUUUUGGCAACACGGCUCUAAUCAGAGGACAAGAAAUCCAAAAGGGAAUUCCCGUCUACGAUGCCGAUAAGACCCAAGUGGGGAUCUCGAAGAAGGCCGCGACUCAGGCAGUCAUCAACACAGGCAUUUCUCGUGUGGUGCUGCCUAUCCCUGCACUUCUUCUCCCCUACCCCGUCAUGAGCGUCUUCAAUGCCCUUCUUCCGAUCACUCGGACGAAUGCUUUCAUCAGGGUUGGCAUGGAGCUCUCAGUCAUUUUCGGUUGCCUUUUCGUGGGUCUCCCUCUCGCCGUUGGCAUGUUCCCCGAGUACGGCGAAAUGGACGUCGACGAUUUGGAGCCCGAAUUGCAGAAGGAACUGAGGCGCUCAGAUGAGGCGAUUCAAAAAGUUUAUUUCAACAGGGGUGUGUAAGCGCGUGAGAGGGAAACCGGAAGUUAGAACAGACAGUUCAAAAGAUUUCCGCAGUGUCGUUUAUGGACCGCCCAUGUAGGCCGACACAGGCAGCUUUGAGUAUCGGAAUUCCAGGAAAGAGCACCCUGAGCUCCUUCUUCCACAUAGAUUUCGUGGAAAACUAGAAUUAGCACCUGCGGGACGACUGGUUUGGUUCUUCGACUUAGCGCGUAUCCAGUGAGUUAGAUGUUUCAAAUACGCCUGUACGAAUCGAAGUCCUAGAUGGGAUCUUAGGGUUGCGCUCCACUCGAAACGCCUGCCAAGUCCCCGUGUGGGUAUACCGGCAGACACGAAGAAGAAAUAAAAGAAAGUCACCCGGCAAAGAAGCCAGAGCACCCCUCGUAAACAGGGAUCCGAGAAGAAAGAGUUCCUCUUGCACCCCCUUUGGUUCUCUGAACCUCUUCCGUUUCCCUAUUUGCUUCGUUUUUUGUCUUCGUAUUCUUUUCUUUUCCAUAUUUCCUUCUUUUUGGUUCUUGCCCUUCUUCUAGUCUCUGUUCCCCUUCAAACCUCCUGUGUCUGUCCCUGUCUCUUUCCGUGUCAUGAAAUUUGCGCACGUGUCUCCGAUCUGCGCUUCUUCGUCUCUGCCCCUCUGAAUCGACGCUGUCUCUUCUCUAAGACCUCCCUAAUGGCUGCCUCUUGCGUCUUUUUCCUGUCUACUUUUCUUCUUCCUCCUCUGUGCAUGUCCCCUCCACCCCCGUUCCGCCUCCUUCCAUUUCCACACUCCACCGUAUUCCUUUGCUGCCUCUACAAUGCCAGCUGGCCAUGGCCGUUUACAUGUUCCAGUCCUCUGCUUCGCGCGCUUCUAUGCUGCUGUCUAAGAGUCCACGUGCUCCUUCCGCCCUGUUGUUGUCUGCACUUUCGUCGUCACAUUGCCACUCUGGGUUUCGUGUUUCGAGUACUUUUCUGAGAAGCCGGUGUCGCGCUCACUGUCACGCUUGUCCUUGAUCGUCGGGACCGAAAAGUAGGCGCGCCGGAGCCACGCCUCGUCGCUUUUCUUU